AUGGCGGUGGUGGCAAAGGGCAUGUGGUGUACUAUGAGACCGCUGCUGCCGGUGGUCCAGAUUUGGGACCUGGACGCACGGCGCUGGGUCCGGACAUUGCGGCGGAGCCCAGUAAAAGUGGUGUUUCCAUCCGGGCAGGUGGUGGAACGGAAGCGUCCUCCCGAGAAGCAACCCCGCAAGGCGGCGUCUGAGGCCAGUAGCCUGGCGCAGAGACAGAAACCACCGCAUCAGACGGCUCCAUCCCAGACCCCUAGCACCUGGGAAGAGGCAGGGCUUCGCUACGAUAAGGCUUUUCCUGGGGACAGGAGACUGAGCAGUGUAAUGACAAUCGUUAAGUCCAGGCCAUUUCGGGAAAAGCAAGGGAAGAUCCUGCUGGAAGGUCGCAGGCUGAUUGCAGAUGCUCUCAAGGCCGGGGCUGUGCCAAAAGUUUUUUUCUUUAGCCGUCUGGAAUACAUAAAGGAGUUGCCCGUCGAUAAGCUGAAAGGUGUCAGCCUCAUUAAGGUGAAAUUUGAGGAUAUCAAGGAUUGGUCCGAUCUAGUAGCGCCACAAGGAAUAAUGGGGAUUUUUGCCAAACCUGACCAUGUUAGGAUGACAUAUCCAGAGACUCAGCUUCACCAUUCCCUGCCCUUAUUGUUGAUUUGUGACAAUCUCCGUGACCCUGGGAACCUGGGAACAAUUUUGAGAUCUGCAGCUGGAGCAGGCUGUAGCAAAGUAUUACUCACCAAAGGCUGUGUGGAUGCCUGGGAGCCCAAAGUGCUACGGGCAGGCAUGGGAGCACAUUUCCAGGUGCCCAUUAUCAACAAUCUGGAAUGGGAAACAGUGCCCAAUUACUUGCCCCCUGAUACCCGGGUCUACGUAGCAGACAACUGUGGCCUCUAUGCUCAGGCCCAGAUGUCUAAUAAAGCCAGUGACCAAGGCUGGGUGUGUGAUCGGCGAUUCCUGAAGUUUCACAAGUUUGAAGAAGAGGAGGAGGAUUGUGUAGACAUCAGAACUGGUAAAGACUGGUUCCCUGAACUUGAAGUCCAGAGUUACGACUUGGACUGGACAGAGGCACCAGCAGCUGUGGUGAUUGGUGGGGAGACCCAUGGCGUGAGCCUGGAGUCCCUGCAGUUGGCUGAGAAUACUGGGGGCAAGAGGCUGCUGAUUCCUGUUGUGCCUGGUGUGGACAGCCUGAACUCAGCCAUGGCUGCAAGCAUCUUGCUUUUUGAAGGGAAAAGGCAGCUGCGGGUAAGGGUGGAACACUUAAGCAGAGACAGGAAUUAACACUGGGAUGACACAGAAGUUCUCAGGUGGAGGAUUCCUGCAACUCCUCCUAUCUUGUACAUUGUUAGGAGGCUGGCAGAAUAGGAAACUGGCUUCCUGUGCCACACAGGACAGAGGAGGUAGGCAUUGGUUAUUGGGAAAAUGAGAAUUUCUGCUUUUCCUCAUAAACAACAAAGGUCAAAAUUCUUGUGAUCUCUUAUCUUUCCAUCAGUUCUUAGAAUAUAUCUCUUUUUCUUUUUUCUCUGUUUGUGAUAACACAAAUUAGGUGAUCACACCGCUCUGUAUAUAUAAUUUUCAAAUACUGUCUAUUAGAGCUAGGAAUGUGGCUCAGUGCUAGAGCUCUUGUCACUAUCUGUGAGUCCCUGGGUUCCGUCCCCAGCACUGGAGGAAAAAACUGUUCCCUGAGGAUCAUUUUCUUGCCCAGAAAGUUCCUGAAGGCAUCAGUCUUAGAGAUGAGCAUCCUUGGAUUAGUGGUAGGUGUUUUGCAUCAUUAAGCACUGGUUACAGGUCAUGCCAAGUCACCAUGUCUGAUCACUGGCCAAUGGAAAAUAAACUGUGAAGUAUAGAAUUGGCAGAUUAUAUUGAACAGUUUUAUUUAAAUGCAGUCAGAUAUUAAUAACCCGGGUGGAUGAGUGCCAGAGAUUGUGGAAUUCAUUAGCCACCUGUUCUUUGGCCUUGGAUGUGUUGUCUCUGGGGCAGUUUGUUCAGCCCUUCACUUUUGCAGCCCCUGUUUAUGUAUAUCCCCCCUUUGCAGAUGAACAGUAGAAACAGUUAAUUCAUCAAGUGGUGUCCUACCUUCUUAGCACCUCUGCAAAUAUCUUUUUGAGGACUCUACAGAAAAAGGAAGAAACUUGAGUUUUCAUAUCUGCAGCUUAACGAUGCAUCUGUCAGAAGAAUGUCACCCUUUUUAUCAGCUCCCUGUUAUUAGGUCCUAGUUUAUGUAACACUUGAUUAAAUUGCUCAGGAAAAUGCCAGUAUUCCUAGAUGAUGUGUGAACACAGGUCUCCUGUGAGGUUAGUGUGGCUACUUACAGAACUAUGCAGCACUCUCAACCCCCCAGGGGACCAGGGCAAGCUAGAUCCUUACCUGCCAGGUGCUGGCCAGGAUAUAGUCGGAGGCAAAGGCAAAUGCGGAGUGUGACCACUGUCUGCAAGUAAGUGUGGGAAGUGGUGGUUGCGCUGGAAUAUAGGAAUUGUUCCACACUCUGCUUUUAUAACCACAGAGAAGAGGGCUAGAGCUGAGGAUGAUGAGAGUGUGGCUGUACAGUCUCCUUAUUACAUAGAGUCCAGUGGUGAUUUGGAUUCCUUGGGAUCCCUUUAGCUGUGCAUUCAGGGAAGUUGAGUGAGUUGCCGGUGCGUGGAAGAGAAACCACAGGCUGCCCCCUUCCCAUUCUGCUCCCCCGCUCCCUAGUAAAACUUCCUUUUGGGAGAACCAAAUGGGCAAACAUACUCCAUGCCCCAAGUGGCAGGUGGCAUUUGUUUGUCGUGUUUGAGGGGUUAGCUGUGUCAUCCCAGGCUGACCAGCCUGAGCUACAACUUGGGUGUCCUGCUCUGGUCUAGCCCUGUCUAGGACUCUGCAAAAAUGGUCUAUGCAGGUGGCCCACAGAUUCUUGCCACCCUCCAUCCUCUGUUAGCUUUUAGAAAGUAGAAGAACUCAAAGUCUUUUACUUUACUGUUAUCCACAAAGCCUGGAGCACCAUCUGCAAAUGUGACAGGAGCUGAAAAGGACUGCAGUGACUGUCACAGCAGGCUGGAAGGCAGCCCAGAGAAUUCACAACUUUCACAUCUGCUGACAUUUAGUCUCCCCCUCAACACCUUAGAAAAGUGCUAAAGAAACAAGUCCCUAAAAGGAAGUCCGUGUCUUUCCAUCAUGAAACCAACUUCAUGUAAUUUGUGUCCCUGAACUGUGUUCCCACGGGUUUUGUUACAGAAUAAAAAUCAAUGAAAAGCUAAGCACUGGUGGUUCACACCUAUAAUCCUACCUACUCAGGAGGCAGAGAUCAGGAGGAUCAU